AUGGGGUUUUCUAGAGCUAACCAAUCUACAGGUGGAGAAAAUAGCAGGAAAAGGGAGUCCAAAAUGUGGUGUCAUCAGUGUAAGAAGAGUGACAAAGACAGAGUGGUGUGUUGUUCCAACUGUAACACUAAAAAUUUUUGCCUUCCUUGCAUCACUCGAUGGUACCCCGGGAUGCUAGAGGAGGACUUCUUAAAAGCUUGCCCUGUAUGUCAUGACAUUUGCAACUGCAUAAAAUGCUUGCGGUUAGAUGGGUUAGCUAAACAUUUGAUGAAUGUAAAAGUGAAGUUCAGUGACGAUGAACUACUCGAGUACUCUAAGUACAUUGUACGAGCACUUUUGCCUGCUUUGGAACAAUUUGAUACAGAGCAAAUGAUUGAAAAGCAGAUUGAGUAUCAGAUUCAAGGAUUGGCAGAUUCAGAGAUUAAUAUACGCAAAGCAAAAUACGAGAAGGAUGAGCACAUAUAUUGGUGA